GAUGUCUCCACAGCCAUCUAGGGUGAAUAGAUCAUAUUCAAAGGAUGUUGCUCUUCUUAAAUCUCCGAGUUCUGGUGUAGAUGUUAUGAAGGAAUGGAGGAAGAAAUUUGUUGCUGCAAGUUCUCUUGAAGUCUCAAAUGCACCAGCAACUGUUCAUGCAAGCAUAGGUGAAUCUGUAAGUGCAGAUCCUAAUGUUAUUGUGCCUAAUGUGAUUCAUGAGAUAUCAGUUGAAUCUGUUUCUGUUCCCAAUGUUGAACCUCAUGUUGAGACAUUAGUUGAGACUACUUCAGAUGUGAAUAUGGAACCCUCUGCUAGAAAUCCAAACCCCAUUGUUGACACAUCUGAACUUGAUCUCCAAAUCCAUCAAUCUGCCUUGGGUUCUGAACCAUCUACCGUUUGUAAGAAGUCAGUUAUUGAAAGUGUUCAUGAAUUGUUGUCAUUCUGGUCUUAG